GAUCUUCACUGCGCACCCCGACCACGGCGACGCCGGCUGUAGUGCUCGUACGGCCGAUCAGUUUCCUUCUCUCCUCGUAAAAGAUGGACAUCUUUUACCGGAGCUCGGAAGAUUUCCUGUCAGGCCGGCACGACACCUGUAUGCCUCAGAUCUGGACCGCACACCCCCCAACCCGCGAUCGAUAAUUAGCAUAGCCGUCGGAUACCUUCUGCCUCUUUCAUCUUUCUCAAUAAUCCAGUUGACACGGGAGACACAGUGGACCAACGAUUAAAGACAACGCCCCCAGCGCACGUUAGCAUCACCCCCUUCCCCUCCCGAAUCCGAAUCGCAUCGUCGCCACGUCGGUCUCGCUUUACCCCCAAAUUUUAGCCAAUAAAAUGACGCCGCGUCACACUCUCCAAUUAGCUAAAUUAUCAUUACUAUUACUAUUUUGGAUAAAUUUAAUUGAAAGCACUUGCAUCUCCGUAAAUACCCCUCGAGAACUCUUUAUUUUCCCAUUCUGUCCUCGCUUCUGCACCUUCAAAUCUGUCUUUCCCCCUCCUCACCCCACCACCACCCCUACGGAAGCUAGCUCUGGAACUGUACGGACAUGGACGGAGGAGGACAGUACAACCCUCGUACAGUGGAGGAGGUUUUUAGGGACUUCAAGGGACGUAGAGCCGGCAUGAUCAAAGCCCUCACCACUGAUGUUGAAGAAUUUUAUCAGCAGUGCGAUCCUGAGAAGGAGAAUCUUUGCCUUUAUGGAUUUCCUAAUGAACAGUGGGAAGUUAACUUACCUGCUGAAGAAGUGCCUCCAGAGCUCCCAGAACCUGCAUUGGGGAUCAACUUUGCCAGAGAUGGAAUGCAAGAAAAGGAUUGGCUGUCUCUAGUUGCUGUUCACAGUGACGCGUGGUUACUUGCAGUGGCAUUCUAUUUUGGUGCCAGAUUCGGAUUUGAUAAAACUGACCGGAAACGUCUCUUUACUAUGAUAAAUGAUCUGCCAACAAUAUUUGAGGUUGUGACUGGAACGACAAAGAAACAGACGAAGGAGAAGUCUUCAGUUUCAAACCAUAGCAGCAACAAAUCCAAGUCAGGCUCAAAGGGGCGAGGAUCCGAACUAGUCAAGUAUUCAAAGGGAAUGCAGGAAAAGGAUGAGGAUGAGGUAGUGGAUGAGGAAGAUGAAGAAGAGCAUGGGGAGACCUUGUGUGGGGCAUGUGGGGAGAACUAUGCUGCAGAUGAGUUCUGGAUAUGCUGUGACAUAUGUGAGAAGUGGUUCCAUGGAAAGUGCGUGAAGAUCACCCCUGCGAGGGCUGAGCACAUCAAGCAGUACAAGUGCCCCUCGUGCAGCAACAAGAGAGCGCGUCCUUGAGAUCACAGGGAGGUGGAUCAAUUCUCAUCCCUUGUAAUUCUCAUAUGUUGACUUAGCUAACUAUUUAGUUAGUCAGGUUUUUCUAUGUUCAGUUCCAUUUUAGCACAGCAUAUGUAUUCAGUACCUUGGUCUUGGAUCUUGUUAUUUGGACAUAUGAAAAUGUUUGUUAGUUUGCAGGUUCUGAACGUGUCUUCCUUUCACCGUGUAAGAAAUCGUUUUCCCUGUUAAAGUGCAGAAGACUCUGAUUUAUGACUCA